UCAAAAUGGCUUUUGCGCGCGUUACAGUGUACCAUGACAAGAAAUCGAAUGUCUUCAAACAGUACGAGUUUAUCUUCAUGGAUUCUUCUUAUUGUUUGGUUGAAUUAACAACAGAAUUGAAUCUGAAUUUGGGGUUCCUGCUGAAUUUAGAAACCAAAAAUAUCAUUUAUGAUGCUCUGAAUUCCAAAGUGAAUCUGAUGCUCGUCAAAAAAUUGCUGUAUUUUGGAGCCAACCCCCUUAUGGUUAAUCAGGUUGGUCGAACUGCUUUCCAUGCCCCCCUCAACCAAAAUCCAUCGGAGAAGCUUUACCAAGUUCUUCACCAACACUGUGUCCAAAACAACCGAAUUUAUGACGCGAAUGGAGUUCACAUCUUCAAUCUGUUAGAAAAUGUUGGCUGCACUCCUUUAGGUGCAGCUGUCAUCGACAAUGACUACACCGUCGUCAGCUUCAUGCUCCGAAAUGGUGCCAAUCCAGAGAUUCCAAAUGACGAUACUCUUCCUCAGGAGCAACGCCCUCUACCAUGUGCCAUUAUCAGCCGAAACCAUAGGAUGGCAAAACUACUCAUAAGCCACUGUCCAAAUUUAGUUAACUUACCGGCCGAUCAAGAGGGAAACAGUAACCUGAAUAUGGCAGUCAAGGUAAAUGCCGACCGAAUAGUUCGGAUACUUUUGGAGGCUGGUUCAACUGUGAACCACGAACAUGUUCUGGCCGCUAUCAAAAAUGAAUCGGUGGAAUCCCUACAAGUUUUGAUGGAUUUUGCAAUAUCCAAAGGCUUGAAUGUGCUGGAGAAUGAUUUCCAAAAUUCUGCCCUACAGGAAGCUUACGAGAGUGGGAACCAAGAAAUUGUGAAUAUGAUAGCGCUGCAUUGGCUCGUUUUAGGAGCUAGGCGAGUAUGUUUGAUAAAAAAUGUAUUGGAGGAUGAUGGUACUGUAUGGAUGACCGAUUCAAAAAUACGUUAAAUUUGCAGAAUCCAAAUAGAAUUCUUUAAGACAUCUAAAAAGACGAUAUCAUUGUACGGGACAACAUCCCAGCUGUGUAAAAAUUCUUAUUCAUCAAUUUCUUAAUGCCGCCUACAAAGUGUUGUUCCAAAUCCUACUCCGCCGCUUAACGCCACGAGCAAACAGAUUCGUGGGAAGUCAUCAGGGCGGCAUCAUGGAGGAACGGUGUACGACGAACCAGAUUUUCACAUAACGCCAAAUCCUCCAAAAAUGCCGUUAACACCAAGUCCCUACACACCAUCUAUUCAUCGACUAAAAAAGCCGCAUACGACACGAUCGACCUAGACGAGCUAUGGAAAAUGGAAAAAAACUAUGGACGAGAAAGGCUUUUUCAACAAGCUGACCAGACUGAUCAUGUUAACAUUGGGGUAUUUCGCCCAAUCAUACCCAUGAAGAGCAAGCAUUUUGGAGUACUCAAUCUGAGUGCUCAGAAGAAGUAAUCAUAAUCAAUUAAAUAUCGAUAAUUCUUCCCGGCAAUAUUUUAAUUUAUAGAAGAACACCAUUUGUAAAAGAAUUUAUCAAUAAAACCUACUCUAUGAUUAAAAACAAUAAAUAAAUAAAUAAAGUUAGGAGAUUGAAAAUACCGAUCACUCCAAAUUCAAAACAGAAGCUAGCGCAUGCAAACACUUAUGACACAACACAAAACACUUGCCCGAUGAGAAGCAAAAGAGCAAUGGAAAACGUCAGGUGGAAAAUGAAACGGAAAUGUGGGUUGUGAUGGGUCUGCUAAUCACUAACUAAGAUUCGCACAUAUUUUCCACCUUCGACCAGCACACGGUUCACAUCGCUACACAGUGACCGUGUAGUGGCCAUAGUAUACGUUCACGUAUUGUAAUUUGAAGUGUGGAAAUAUGAAGUAAACAAAUGUGGAAAAGAGAAUCUUAGAUAACUGUUAAAGAGCGUGUGUUUAAAGUGUGAUGGCUAUAAACCCCAUCCUAACCCCAUAUUAAAUCCACCAGGACCCAGUAGUUUUGGUCAAGAGAUUUGACCCAGCGGUUUCGGUCAAGUAGUUUUGACCUAGCAAUUUCGGUCAGGAUAUUUGACUCGACAAAGCUCCAGUUUGUCCAAGUCAAACGGGCUAGUGAGCGAAGAUCUGCCUCCGUUUCUCCGUUGAGGAGCCUGCGCACGGACUCGAAUUGCAAGUCCGGCGGGCAUUCCGAAAAGCAACCAGAAGUGGGUCCCCUACAGGACCAGCCGCAACUGCUACACAAAUAUUACAACGUCAUCGUCAACAUCCGGUCCUAGAGGGCACUGUUCGAUCCUUUCAAACGGGCUUGUGAAAAUUCGAACGUGUCUCUCCGGGCUCGAGGCUCUGUUGAGGAGCACGCGGUGUUUUACACCUGCGUGUACCAUCCAGGGCAACCACAACGAAGGUUGGCUCCACCACGAGGACGAUCUAACCUCCAUUGCCAACCAACACUGUGGACAGUAGACUGUUGACCCACCAACCCAGGAUUCUCCAUCGGCCCACCAGCAGCAGCAGCAACACACUACACACCCACACAAGACACACGUAAGUUGUAAUAAACAGGAUAUGAAAAUAUAGUUAGCGUGUUUGUGUUUCCUUCCGAACUACCGACCGGUGCAUCAUUGCGUGAAGCCGACCCGAGGUUCUCCGAAACUACGGAACGGAACGGAAAUAGUCGAAGAUAUUGUCUAUCUCGGCUCACUAGUGACCGCAGACCAUGAUACCAGCUGUGAGUUCCGGCCUCAAAUGAUCAGCGGAAAUCGUGCCUAAUAUGAACUCUACAAGAAACUGUAGUCGAGAAGACUUAGCCCUCGCACGAAGUAUAACGUGUAAAUGAGGCUCAUGAGACCGGUUGUCUAAGGACACGAGACGUGGAUAGAUUCCGAGUAUUCGAGCGUCAAGUGUUAGGAACCAUCUUUGGCGGCGUGCGGUCGCGCGACUCUGUAGCGAAUCUAGUAUUCAGAAGGUGGUAAAGGCUGGCCGGAUACGCUGGGCAAGACAUGAUACGAGAAUGUCCGACGACUGUCCUGCAAAACAGGUGUUCGCUACAAAUCCGGUAGUAACGAGACGAGCAAGAGUGCUACGCGCAAGCUGGUUAGACCGAUGUGAGCGUGAUGUGGCGAAUGGGGGAUGUCCGAGUAAUUGAAGAGCGGUUGUCAUGGGCCGAGUGAAUUCUAAGAAUUAUGUUCAUUAAGUUAUGUUUUGUAAAUAAAUAAAAUCAUGAAUUAUCACUGUAAUAGAAUCUUUGGAAAAUAACGACCAAAAGCUGUACUGUAACUGUAUAUUCGCUUUUGGAAUUAUAUUUUCAUAUUUAGAAGAGAACUUCAUCCUUAGUAAGCUUUGAAAAUCGCGAUUCAUUAACCGGUACCAAGGUUUCGCUUAAAGAUGCUGAUGCAGAUCAUGUAGAAAAAUUUGCCUACUUUGUUCUCUAUUUCGAAGCCAAAAUGGCCUCCACGCGUGGUAGUCUUUCAACUUUGCAUACUCUCAAAGAAUUUCCGUUUUUGUAGUGUAGGAAAAAUUCGGAUAACAUCCCGUGGAAUUACCAAGCGACAUUAUUCAGUGAUGUUGUGUGCGUUUUGCUUUGUGUGAUAAUAAAAUUUUCUUUUUCAUUUCAAAAAAGUGAAAUUUUGUAAACUAAAUAGUUUCUGUGCAGUGAAAAACCUCAAUUCCAACUCUGUUGCCAUCGGAUGACAUCGAGUUCUCAUCGAGGUGAACCAUUUCCGAGACAAGAACAGUAUUACCAAUAUUGUUCUAUUUUGGACCGUUGAUUAGUAUAAUUUCUGUAUGAUUGAACCAAACCCUGCUGAUUGCCGACGGGUUGUGUGAAGAACAGAUCCCUGCAACGUUACACGAUUUGUCUAUGUAUCGUGUGACCAACAUCUUUUAAAUAUGUGCUCGUGAAUCUCGUUUUUAAGCUUUUUUUUCCUCAGAUUUAAGCUUUUUUUGCCUUGAGAGCAUUGGAGACGAAAGCUUACACAGUAAACGAAAAUUACCGAGUUCGGUAAUUUAGUUUACAGAACCUGCUCUGUAAAUCGAAAAAUUUCGGUAAUUGAUCAAUCUGACGUCUGGUUUUUACCGAGUUCGGUAAAUCGAUUCUUGAUUUACCGAAGUUCUUUUAUUUUUAUGUAAACAAAUCGCUUUGCCGUAAAUUCUCGGUAAAAAAGCACGAAAACUGUAAACAGCUGUAAACCAGUGUCGAUGUCAUCAGAAACGUCAAAUUUUGAACGUCCGUUUCUGGCAGCUUUGAGUGCAACUGUCUCUCUCUGAUAACCGCGAUGUUUAACGAUCGGUUUCAUCAUCUGCAGCAGCGGGAAGCUUGAAAUAGCGAUCGUCGCCAUUUUUUUAUUGUUUCGGUUUAAGUGUUUGGUUGAUGUGUUAUGAAUUUGAUUUCGUUUUUGAAUUGUGAUGAUAAUAAUAAAAUUGCUAAGUAUAAUACGGCUGGCAGAUUGAUAAAAAGAGAAGGUAGAAAGAAGAGUUAACUUUUUUUUACCGCGGUUUGUUUAUGUAGUGCCGUGAUGUACGGGAUUCCUUUUUUUUUUUCAAUACUCUUGGCCAAAGACGGCUACUUUCGAUAGUGGACCAAGACCGACUAUUAAACCGGAUCCGAUGACGAUAUC